AUGUUAUCAUAUCAACCUAUUACACAGAAUCCUUCAAAUUAUGAUAUAGCAGAUUUAAUAGAGAUAGAACAAUAUAUCUACUUUGAUGAUAGUGCUGAAUGUUCUACACAGGUGUCGCCCAAUAAUUGUGAUAAUAAUAAAGAGAACAGCAAUAAAACAUUGACUUACCAAAUAAAUGCUGAUUCUGAAGAAUGUAAUAACGAUACAUCCACUAAUGUAAAUAUUAAUGCACAAUCUAAUUCCAUUACACAAGAAUUGCAAGAAUCUAUUGAUGAUAAUGCUGUAAAUGAACAUCAAAUUAUAUCAGAAGAAGAUUAUAAUGAUACUGUAGACGAAUAUCAAGCUAUAUCAGAGGAAGAAGAAGACAAUGCUGUAGACAAACGUCAAGAAAAAGAAAACAAAGACAUUGAUGUGGAAGAGUAUCAAGGUAUAUUAGAAGACAAUAAAAACAAUAAUUCUAAUAAUAAAACACUUGAUAAUGAAGUAAUUAAUAUUAUUCAACUUCCACAAAAUGUUCAAAAUCUACCUCAUAUU